ACUCUCCGGGUGACUGCCAGCAGCAGACCAUGUGUUACCCUCCCACAAUGCUUUGCACGGCCGUGCCCUUUCACCCCGUGUACGGCGGCCGGGGGAGCCCAAGCUUGCUGGCAGUGCGCUCACGCCCUUGGUGGAGUGUGGAUGGGAGUGAGCUGCUGGGACUCUGCAGAGCACCCAGAGAGACCUCCAGAGAGCUGGCUGGGGAUGCUGGGAGUAUACUGACAGCUGGGGGAGGGCAGUGUCUGCCAGCAUGGUGACCCCCUGGGCUGUGGGACUGGCACUGACUGUGUGCAGGAGAGCCCUCCACCCCUGCUCUCAUAGGCACAUGGUGCUUGGCAACAGGGGGUGGCACAGCCUGGGUAAAAAACAUCUGGGUGCAAUCAGCUCCCUGCCCCAGAGAGGGGCACACAGCUCCUUGCCCCAGAGAGGGGCAAUCUGCUCCCUGCCCCAGAGAGGGGCAAUCUGCUCCCUGCCCCAGAGAGGGGCAAUCUGCUCCCUGCCCCAGAGAUGGGCAAACAGCUCCCUGCCCCAGAGAGGGGCACACAGCUCCCUGCCCCAGAGAUGGGCAAACAGCUCCCUGCCCCAGAGAGGGGCACACAGCUCCCUGCCCCAGAGAGGGGCACACCGCUCCCUGCCCCAGAGAGGGGCAAACAGCUCCCUGCCCCAGAGAAUGGCAUACAGCUCCCUGCCCCAGAGAAUGGCAUACAGCGCCCUGCCCCAGAGAGGGGCAUACAGCUCCCUGCCUCAGAGAAUGGCACACAGCUCCCUCCCCCAGAUAAUGGCAUACAGCUCCAGUACUGAGAGUGCCUUCAAUGUGUUUGACAGGAAGAUGAAAAGGAAGCAGAGGAACUGGGCAGCAUGCCAGCCCAAUGCCCAGCAGUAUGACUACCUUAAGGAAGAAGUAAGUGAUAGAUACAUACUUCACCUAGCUCCCAGAUUUCAUAAACAUUUAACUGGGAUUGAAAACUCCCAAUUUUCUCGAUUUAGGAGGGACAGGCCCCAUACUGGGCACAAAUCUCUAUGUCCCUCUUUUCUAUCCCAAUGUCUCUCCUUUAUAUGAGCUCCAUAUUGCUGAUGUGUAUUGCUGAAAUUUUUGAAAUUCAAUUUUAGUUGUAUAAAUUAUAAGUAAGAACAACCUGCCCCUUCCCACGCAGACUCCUACAAUUACUGGGUUACUCCAACCACCAUGACCACUUCUGGUUUUUAAAGAGGUCAUGGUGGUAGGAAUCACAUUCAGUGAUUUUGUUAGUUGAGUUACGGGUUCAAGUUGCACCCCCAGCACAUGUGACUUAGGCAGCCUAGAUCUCUAUUUCGGCUGUCUAAUGUUAAUUCAGUGCAUAUUUUACAUCAGUUGUCAGCGCCUGCUGCACAUUUCUCUAUGAGAAGCCUUUGAUUGGUCCUCAGCGCAGCUCCUGUGAUGUCAGAUGGGGGCGUGCCGAGCAGCACUGGGAGCUCGCCUGGCACUAGAUUAAGGGGAGUAAAAACAUAUAUUUAAUUAUUCUUCAAGCGUUUCGUUGGGUUGCAUCUACAGAUUUAUUCCAACAGGGCAUUAUUCUAAUAAAAUCGAAAAAGGGUUGGAAAACCCUUUAAAGUGUCCCUCUUUGCCAAUCUGAAAUGUUGGGAGGUAUAUGACUGUAGCUGAGUUGGAGAAUUUUUUAAAGCAUUGAAAUUUAAAUUAUUUAGCAUUUCGAUUAUUCACUAUCAUUUGGUGGUUGUUGAAUACAACUUUAACGUUGUAAUUCACUGAACUCUGAAUGAUUGCAAGUUAAGAAAUGGGAAAAUUUGGGCUGAAAAAGAUAAAAUUCUCCAUCUCGUUUAUAGCCAAUGUCUUUGCUUUUUAGGCUCAAUUUUUCAUUUGGAUCUUAAUUCUCAUAAUUUGGAGUUUAGUGUCUAACUCACUUCUGUGGAAAUUAUCAGCAGUGCAAACAAAAACAUUUUUUUUUUUGUGUAACAAUUGCCACAUUAGUGAAUAAUCCUAUUCUUUUUUUUUAACUGUCCCCUUUUUAAAAACUAUAUUGCUCUUAUAGGGUCACUCUAAGGACCAUAACUACUAAAGCUGUGUAGUGUUGGCCCCAGGGGUUGGCACAUAUAUUCUCUGUAUGCCAACCCCUGGGGCUCUACAUGGAACCUAGAAAAUGCCCCUGUGUAACUACCUUAUAAUUUUAGAAAUUACAGCUCUGCUUUAUCAUUGUCAACGCUGUCCAACGUGGGAGUCGAUGGCUGUCUGAGAGUGCUGAGCUAAUUCUCCAUAUUGCAGUCAGCCUUUUACUAAUAUAGGUGCUUAGUGUCCCUGUAAAUAUGUUCCUAUUAUUUUAAGACACAUUAAAAUGAUCUAUAAAAAUUAAUUCAAUACGUAUAUAAAACACAGUAUUUUCAGUAUUGGUUGUGGGUAAAUUUGGAGCAGUGGGGGGGUUAUUUGGCUCCUGCCUCGUAGUCCCUUUAUAUAAUGGGACACAUUUCCCAUCUUCAGAGUGAUCAGCAGGACUGUAAAAACGGAAAUAAUUUGUUUACUGCAGAUGUAAAUCAAUGAAAACAUCAUGGGCUUUCUUUUAAUCAUGUACUGCAGGGUAGCACAUUUUGGGCAAUGUGCAUUAUUAUUAUUAUUGCCAUUUAUACAGCGCCAAUAGAUUUUGCAGCACUUUGUAAUAUUAUGAGAGCGGAGAUUUAAUAGGACAAUUACAAUAAAACUUACAGGAACAAUAGGUUGAAGAGGACCGUGUUCAAAUGAGCUUACAGUCUCCUAUUAGUAGUAAUAACUGCUGAGCUUUAGUGAAGUUAUGUUUAGCUAAUUUUUGAGUCGCAAUGACAGGUGAAAUUUUUUUAUUUUAUUUGUCCUAUUUACAUGUUUUAUAACUUAAACUACAACAUAUGUGUACUAAGUCAAAACAAACAUUAUGUAUUCAUUUCUAUUUUUUAGGUGGGCGCAAGAAUUGCAGACCGUGUAUUUGAUAUUGCCCGGUAAGUAGCCACAGGGUUUUUAUGCCAUGCUGACAGUGGGAACUCUGUUGGGUUUCUUAGGAGUUUGCAUGCAAAGUAAGUAAAACUGAAACAAAUUAUCUUUAUAGAGGAUCUGUCAUUUCUCUGGACAAUAACAGUUUCUUGUUCCCUCACACCAGUAAAUGCUAUAAGCUUUAGAAAUGGUUAAAUCUUUUUGACAGUCUCUUAAAAUGAUUUAAUAGUAGAAUCUUUUUUUUUUGUUUGUUUUAAAACAGUUGUAUAAUUUUGAUAUAAUUCUGUGUGUGUGUAUAUAUAUAUAUGUUACAUUUAUUUUAAUGUUAUGAAAAAAAAAAAUCACUUUAAAAGUUUAUCCAAAAAUAUUAAUUAAUUUGAAAAUCUUACCCAACAAUAUUAAAUCAAGGCCCACAUGUUUAUAAAUUAUAAAAACACGUUUUAUUAAGUAUCAUAAAAAGUAUUACAGAUAGUAAAAUCACCGGACGUUCCGCCAGUGUUGAUCUCCACAUUAGAGAUCAUAGUUUUUGUUGUAUUUACACACAGUAUAAUAUAUUUAUUUUUAUUUGGCAGGGUAUUUCCUUUUGCUUUAGAUCUUGGCUGUGGAAAAGGCUAUAUUUCUAAACAUUUAAUAAAGGUAUGGCAUGUCAUUGAAUACUGUAGUUUUUUGCAGAUCUUAAAAUGUAUUUACUCUAUUACUGUAGCAUGCGGGGCAUUCACACCAUUGCUGUUGUGCAUGGUUAUUUAUGCUGAUUUAGAUAGACGUUAUCUAUUGCAUACAGAACAUAUCGUUGUGUGUACAUGGAGCUCUGUAUACACUGCAGCCCAUUAUCCCUGAUGUUUUUGUGGGCGCCAUAAGAGUUGUAUACACUGUGUUACCCAGUGGGUGCUGAGAUACCAUGUCAUAUUCCGCUAUCCUGUUUAGUACUGUGCACCUCCUUUCUAGGGGAAAUCAGCUCUCACUGGCUGCUUCUGACAAAAUAUGUUACUUAAGUAAAAAUUUAUUUUUUUGACACUAUAUAAAUAUUAUAAUAAUAGUACAUUGAGAAUUGAGCACUGUCUGGAAAAGUAGUUGGUUUUUGAUGUCAAUAUGUUCGGCCAAAUGACUGUUGAUUGCCUUUUAAAUAUUACAUGAUUGCUUGGUUCCCCUCUGAUGAGCCAGAUUGGUGAAACGUGCUUCAGGGGUUCUGACAAGCAUACUUCCUAGCCACCGUAUCACGAGUGAGCUCAUGUUCGGCUUAUAAUGGCGUUUCCAGAAAUUCACUAAAUCUGUCCCCAUAUAUUGGUAGCAUUACAAUCUCCAGCUUUCUUUCAUUAUAUUGAUUCUAGGGGUGGGAGGCAUUCCUUAUACAUCCAUUUAGGAGUAACAGGCAUUUGGGGUUAAGGGGUGCCCUCAAAGGCACAGAAUUAGUGUUUGCUUAGUAUUUACGUUACCUCUCCCUGCUAUCACCCUAUUGAUACAGACAUGUAUUGGGUACAUUGUUUGGCAGGGACUAUUUGCUAAUACAAUGUUGCUUGUUUGUUCCUCCUACAUUUCUGGACUUUUUUAGCUGCACUAUCUCUAGCCAGACCAUUGAGCCUGUAUUACAAUCAUUUUCUGAUAUCUUAGUAUUCCUAUUGCAGCGCUGCACAUUAUGAAAUACUACUUUUUUUCUUUCUAAAAGGGAGGGAGACGUCCCCUUAUCCCUUUGUUUGGAGUUAAGAUUUUGUUCUAUUCUCCUUAUACUGCUGGUCUGCUACGGGUGGUCUUUUUAUUAUCCUGAACUCACAAAGCUCCAGCCUGUACUACCUUACUCUGUACUCAUUAUCCCUAGAUUUGGGUAGAACUACCAGAUUUUCAUAUACAGACAUUAUAGCUGCACUCAGGAUAAUUGUUUUGUAAAUAUGUACAUUAUUAUUUCUGUUUGAAUUUUGUUUUCCUUUUCUUUUUGUCGUGGUGGCUUAUUUCACCUCUUAAUCACUAUAUUAAAAGUUAAGUUUUAUUUUUAGAAAUACCUAGCCCAAUUGGUUGAUAUUUGCCACUCCACCAGCAACACAGUUAUUAUUUCUCGCUCUCUCCUGGCAGUUCUCUUUUUUUCUCAUUUAUUACAUGAUUGCUUCUCUAAUCAAAUUCUCCCUUCUUGCUUAAUGCAGUCUGCCAUUUACCUUGCUAACUUACUGCCACUUGAUUCACAGCUCUACCACCCCAUCAUUAAAGAAAAACGGUCCUCUUUAUUAUUGCAAAGAAAAAAUUACUUACUAAAAAGCCUGACUGUGUGUGUGUGUGUGUGUGUGUGUGUGUAUAUAUAUAUAUAUAUAUAUAUAUAUAUAUAUAUAUAUAUAUAUAUAUAUAUAUAUAUAUAUAUAUAUAUAUAGUUGUGCUUGGAAUUUAUCUAAUACGUAAUGGAAUGUAGAAGGGAAAGCAAAGUUGGUUGAGGUGUGCCGAAACCAACGUACGAGUAGGCCUGUAAAAAGAGGGCCCACAAAGGUGAGUGUUAAUAUAGAUGGGUGUAGGUGGGUGGGGACAAACGGCUUGCAAGACAAAGUUAAGUAGGAGGGUAGGCCUUCUAACUUGUGCUCGGAAUUUAUCUAAUACGUAAUGGAAUGUAGAAGGGGAAGCAAAGUUGGUUGAGGUGUGCCGAAACCAACGUACGAGUAGGCCUGUAAAAAGAGGGCAAAAGAGGAUUCAAAGAAAACACAUUUUAUUGCAAGUUAAUACAGCAUGCGUAACGAAAGCUUGUAAGGUGCUUCAGACUGAUUGAGGUAUGUAACUACCUGAGCUGAUGCUUCUUGAUGACCCCAUUGUUUGUCAUGUAGACUGGGGUGUAAGUGUUUGAAGCUGCUGCUGUAGUGACUUUGGAGAUGUAACCGCUGAGUGACAGCAUAGAAGGUUAUAAGUAAUGAGAGCUUGGUUGUGAGUUUUAGAGAAAAAGAUUUACCAUGAUUAUAACAGCGAGGUUCUCGAAUUUAAGCCAGCUCCUGAAUGUGUCAUGGUGCAAUACAGUAAGCCUUGGUGUAUGUGAAGGGAAAGUCGUGACCCUGCGUGAAGCGUGCGUACCUGUGCGAGGUGCAAUUGUGUGCUUAGUCCCAGAUUAGCUUGUGAAAAGGUGGUAUCCUAGAUGGAAAGUGGUGGGGAGUGCCUGGAAGAAGGUAUCAAAUUGGGAGCAUGACAGAGCGUCAGCUGCUGUGUUGUGGACACCAGGAAUGUGGAUACAGACUAGGAAGAACUGAGAGGUAGCUGCCAGCCUGCGAAUCAGACUCAUAAUUGUUAGGGAGGAGGACCGACCUUUGUUAAUGGCUGCGGAGUUGUCAGAGAAGCAUCUAACUGCCUUGCCGGUCCAAAGGUAACCCCACAUGUGGGCGGCCGCUACGAUGGGGUAGAUAUCGAAUAAAGUAGAUGUUUCUCUAAAGGCCGGCAAGGCAUCCGUCUCAGCGAGCCAGUUGUCCCUAAACCAGUGGUUGCCGCAGAUGGCUGCGGAGUCUGUGUGAAUCGAAGGUGAGUGCUCUGAAAGUGGGGGGAAUGAACAAAGAGAUCCCAUUCCAAUCGGCCAGAAAACUACUCCACGUGUGUAAAUCCAUCCUAGCCGGAUCGUCCAACAUGAUUGGGCAUGAGUCGGGCACACCGUGGAACAAGUUGAGAAGCCUGGAGACAAAAGAUCUACCCUGUGGAAUGAUGUGCAUAGCAAAGUUGAGGGACCCCAAUAAGGACUGGAGGCUCCUCCUAGUGCACGCAACACUCCGCAGGAACAGGACAAUCUCGUUCUUAAUGUGGGACAGCUUAUCUGGUGGUAAACUGGCUUGGAAGGUAGUGGUGUGGAGUACUAUCCCCAAGAAAACGAGCUUGGUAGAGGGACCGAGUGUUUUGCUAGGUGACAAGGGGACCCCGAGUGUCGUGAAGAAAGCUGUGGUGGAGUGUAUGCAGUGAAGGGAUUGUGAACCUGGUUCUAUCAAUAGAAAAUCGUCUAGUUAGUGGAUGGCAGAGGGACACCUGAGUAUAUUUAGGAGCAGCCAGCAGAGGGUUUCUGCGACGAUAUCGAAUAACCUGGGGCUGCUCCUAGAGCCAAAAGUGAGCCGGGUGGCGAAAAAUACCUGUUUCUCCAUUUAACAAAGUGUAAGUGCCAUAGUGAGGGGUGAAUAGGUAGUAGUUUGAAGGCGUUAGUUAUAUCUGUUUUGCUCAACCAAGCUCAACUACCCUCUAAUAAGAUGGCCUCCAUGGCAUCAUCAAUUUUAGCGUAUUGCAGUGAGAACUCCGUGGCAGGAAUGAGGGAGUUGAUACUAGGAGUGGAGGAAGAGUGAGGUGCGGAGAGAUCAAUAAUUAAACGUUUUUUGUUGGAGUAUUUAUGAAUGGCUAUACCGAUGGGAUUGGUACGCCAAGAUGAGAAAGGUGAAGACCGAAACGGGCUGAUCAUAAAACCGGCUGUGAUUUCUGUAGACAGAAGGUGGUCCACCGUGAGUGGGUCAGUGGAAGCGGAUAAAAGGUUAGGGCUUUCAAGUGUACCUGUGGGGAUGGCAAUAAGGCCCGUGUGAAACCCCUGUGAAAAACCCGUCACCAGAUAAUCUACCAGGUGCCUAGCUGGAUGUGACUGGAGAUAGUAUUCCAGUAUGUCAAUGUUAACUUCGGUCAGGCAUUUCUUAGGUGACAGGAGGGCUGGGAAAGUGGACUUGGUGUGGGUUCUGAAGCAUAUGGAGCAGAUGUGCAGUGCCCCGCAUGUCGUGAGAUUACAUACCCCGGCGUUAAAGUCACUGCACACCCGAGCCUUGCCCAGAAAUGUAAUGUGACUGUCCGGCGUGUCACUCCGACCUGCACCCUGACUAGUGUGUGGGGUGGGGGCGUGGUGAGCCGUGGAAGUGACUGUCGUACUAGUGAGCGUAGUUUGGGAGGUCAGCAGUAGGGCCAUGGAGUUAACGUCAUUACCCUUGGAAAUGCCCUUUCUGAUGAAGUCAGGGACAGGGUGAGCCGGGGAAACAUAUGAAGUGGGUAUGGCUGAGACCGUCAGUGGAAGGUUUGCCGAGCCCAACAAGGCACUUGGUGUGGCUAUAGCGGAUUCCAGUUUCGCUAGUCUGUGAUUGAUUGUUUGGUGUUUGGAGGUUGGUGAGUAUAGCAGCCAGGGUGUAUCGUGUUGAAUACGAAGUGUGAGCUGGCAGGAUUUGUGAACUGCAGCCUGGCCUGGGAACGUUGGCCUGAGUGGUCAUGAGCCUAUAUAAUUCGGCCUUUCUGGCCGUGGCAGGAAAGGGACCUCUGGGUAAAAGGGGUGAGGGAUUUCUCCGGAGAUCCAGGCCUGAUUGGCACGCUGGCUAUGUUGCCCGAUGGUAGAUUGGUGAUCGGCUUUUGUGACAUCUGAAAGAGAAUAAUGAUUUCAAUAAGUAGGGUGAAGAGGAGGUGAAGGUGAGACCUCCGGAGAACUGGCCUGCUAGCUUGUGCCAAGGCGAAAAGUUUACCUAGACCAAGUGACAAGUGAGGCCCUGCUAGUGCCAAGUGGCGGAGAGAGACUGUACCUAUGAUUUGGCCCGAGGGGAUUUUGUGGCCACAUGCAUGUGGUGGCGGGGUGUAGGCCUCUUGGUGACUGUAAAGAGAGUCAAAACGUGUGGCUGUGAUUUGGGAAGCCCUGGCUAUAGCCCACAAGAAGGGCAAGCGAGGUGGCUAACUAUGAUUUGGUCGUGGGCCGAACCUCCGUGUAUGAGGUGGGGGUAUAGACCUCGCGGGACCGGGUAUUAAUUAGAUAGCUAAGGCCAGAACCUAACCCUAGGAGCCAGUUCUCUAAACUACUGGGGCUUGUCUCUCGCAGUGAUGUAUAUGUACGUAUGUAAAUACUUAACCUUGAGUAUAAGUCCUGUUUGUUCGGACAAAACACAGGUAGACUUCGAUAUGGCUAUAAAUUAGCUUCUGCAGGAAACAGGCUCUAUCCAGAACCUCAGGCCUAGUAGGCCUGAGGCGUGCCACCGGUGUGCCACGUGUGAAAAUGUAGAAUGUAUGGGUAGGUGUGUACCAGAGAUACUGUAACGUAUGCAUGAGUAAGCUGAGGGACCUGAACGUUGGUCCAUAAUAAGAGACAAGCCCCUGGGUACCUAGGGAUGUGAAUUUAUGAAUGAAACGAAGGCAAGUGAGGCCUUGAUGAGAAGGUAAUUGUAAUGAGAAAGAUAAAAUACCUGAUACUGAAUGCCGGAGACCGGGUAGCCAGUUGGUUGUUGAUAACGUAGAGGACCUGCGUAAAAUGGCUAAGUAAUAUUAUGUAGAAACGAUAAACAGGAAAUGAUACGUUAAUACGAUAGUAGCUCGUUGAGCAGGUUUAUGAGAGUAGUUGGUGUCUAGGUGGUGUUUUUAAACCUGGUGUGUGUAACCGUUUAAAACCCACUUUGGGAGGUGGGGGUGAGGUUUAUGCAAGACCGUGGAGGCUGAAUGAGGCCUCAGGAGAAACGAAAAAUAGGUAAAACCUUUUUUACCUGAUACUGUGAAACUGGAACAUGGAAAUCACUUCUUGAAGAUUUCCUUGAAGAAGAGUAGAUGAACCUAAAACAAAUGUAUUUUAAGAAUGAUGACCUGGAAAUAAUAUAUUUAAGGAACAGAUUAGUCAUAUGUAUUACUGGUCUGAAACGAGCCUAGGAAACGGGGGGGAGGGGAGGGGAAGGGGGGGGAAAGGGAAGGGGGGUGUUUGCUGAUUGACCCAGUGAUAUAGAAAGGGGUUAAAAGGCCAACUGUUCCUUUAACUGUUUCCUCCACCCUUGUGUGGAAACCGCAGAGUGCUGGGAAUUAGUUCAUAAUUAAAUGUAACGGUGGUGCCACACAGCCUUUGAUUAUGCAGGAGGUAAAAACAGAGUAUACACUUUAAAUAUAAAAAGGAAAUAGUCAUGUGUAGUUUCAUACUGGGGUAUAUACAUAACAUAUAGGGAAUAACUGUUUAUCCCUCCCGCGUUCGGCUAAACGAACAAGAGAGGGAUUUAACAUGUAAAUCAACUGCAGUCUGUAUGAGUAAAUGAAAACGGCUGCAUUAAAGCCGUUCGUAAGCAUGUUCCGCUGUAUGAACGUGUGAAACAGCCGUACGUAGGGUAAGUAUGAGUGAUCAGUAUAUUAAUUUUAUAUGAAUGAAAAAGAAAGGUGAGUAUGAACUUCUGCGUUCGGCUGUUAGACGCACGAACGCAGAAGUAAACGAACGGCGUAAGGAAUAAACUGGGUAAGUAAUAAUAAUAGGGAGCCUAUAGGGAGGGCUAUAAUACAUGUAACCUUUUAUUUUUAAAACUAAUACAGAGUGUAACCGUUUUCUUUUAAUGAGGCUUUUAUACACUCUUUCACUAUUUACAGCUCACAGAUUCAUCUCUCACAUACUAAUGUUUAAUUUGUUAUUACAUCCUUUUAAUCAAUGGUUAAAUCAAUAAUAUAUAUAACACAAAUAAACCAGCCACAUUUAUUUGUGUCAUAUAAAUUAUAAUAUUACCAAUAUUAAAUGCUAUAUUAAAACCAUCUUUAUUAGGGGUACAAAUGAGGACAUGGAGGCACAAUAUUUGCCUCUGUCGAUUAAUGGGAAAUAUUCCCAUUUUUGGUGAGUCCUAACCUGGUUUUAGUGCUGUCAAAAUCAUUACUUGCUGUUGCUGUUACUGCUUUGGAACCAUUUGGAUAGAAUUCAAAUUGGUUGGUGAGAAUGGAUGCCAGACGUUACAUGCAGAAUAAACCAGGCUUAGCCCAGAAAGCAUACAUUGAACGGGGCACUACUGAAAUAAAAGUUAUAUUAUCAAUAUAUAGCAAUAAUACAUUAGGGCAAGUCGAUGCCUUAAAGGAACACUAUAGUAACCUAAAUUGCUUUAGCUAAAUAAAGCAGUUUUAGUGUAUAGAUCAUUCCCCUGCAAUUUCACUGCUCAAUUCACUGUCAUUUAGGAGUUAAAUCACUUUGUUUCUGUUUAUGCAGCCCUAGCCACACCUCCCCUGGCUAUGAUUGACAGAGCCUGCAUGAAAAAAAAAAAAUGGUUUCACUUUCAAACAGAUGUAAUUUACCUUAAAUAAUUGUAUGUCAAUCUCUAAAUUGAACUUUAAUCACAUACAGGAGGCUCUUGCAGGGUCUAGCAAGCUAUUAACAUAGCAGGGGAUAAGAACAUCUUAAUUAAACAGAACUUGCAAUAAAGAAAGCCUAAAUAGGGCUCUCUUUACAGGAAGUGUUUAUGGAAGGCUGUGCAAGUCACAUGCAGGGAGGUGUGACUAGGGUUCAUAAACAAAGGGAUUUAACUCCUAAAUGGCAGAGGAUUGAGCAGUGAGGCUGCAGGGGCAUGUUCUAUACACCAAAAUAGCUUCAUUAAGCUAACGCUGUUCAGGUGACUAUAGUGUCCCUUUAACUGUUGUGUUUUUAUGGUGCAUAUCGAGUUGUUUCCAUUAACUAUAUGUCAGUUUUCUAUUAGACAUCCGUGCUUCAAGCAAAAUUAACACCAUAAAUAAACAUUAUUUUUUAUUUAUGUGCCUAUGCCACAUUAUACAGUCACAUUUUUUUUGUCUCAUAUUUUACACUCACUGUCUACUCCCACUAGAGAUAGCACUUUGCUGGAGUCGUUCACUGAUAAAUAUUUGUCAGCACAGAUUUAGCAUCAGACCCCAUUAUGAAUGGUACAAAUAUUCCACGCUUCUCGUUUGUUGACACGUCGGUUAUAAUAAAGGAAAAAUCUCUGCUUAUUUGUAAUUUAAUGACUGCCGUACUCUAUAGCGGAAACAGAGUUUGGUCUUGUUUUUGUUAUUUAUGAACAUGCCACCUUUGGUUUUGUAUUUACAUUUUAUGGCACCUUAACUAUUUUGGAUGAUUUAUUUUUGGAAGCAUUUUAUCCUGUUUCUCAUAGCUGCGUUGAUCCCUUGCAAUGUGUAUAGGCAUAGUUUUGCAUUAAUACCUUGUUGCAUAUCAUUUGCCAUCUGUUGAACUCGUUUUCGCACAUCAAAUUGACGUUGCAUUAAACCAGUGAAUAAAUAGUCACUGCGCGGCAGCGAGACGCUUACAAUAUACAGCUUUCCACCAUGUUGGUUUUUUUUUUAAAGUUUUUUUUAAUUUAUUUUUUAUUUUUUUAAUCUGCCCUUGCAUUAGAAAAACCUAUUCAGUCCAGAGUUGUCAACAUUAACCUCCUGUUGACUGUGGACUACAUCUCCCAGAAGUCUUAUUCAGUCAAACUGCUGAUUGAGAAUCAUGGGAUCUAUGGUUCAAAGACAUCUGAUGUGAAAAUAUUAUACAAUGGUGUUUUUUUUUGUUUUGGUGUAAUAAAACCAAAUGAUGCUACAAUGUUUAUGUAAUCGUGAAGAGCCAGAUGGCCAUUGAUUAUUGAUUUAAAUGUAGAUCAUUGCAUAUGUUCACAUGUAACCCUACUUAUUAACUGGUGCUAGCAGUAUUAUGGACUGUAUAGCUCAGUUUAAAGAUAUGCACAUGUUUUAUAGAAGCAUGUGAUCAAAUGGGAGGAAUCAUAAGGAAAAAACGCUACUUUACUACUACCAAGCAAAGGCCCAAUGAAAUUUGGAUACAUUUCUAGGCCAGCUCCUUUUUCUACCUUUUUAUUAUAAAACAACUAGCCAAUCCGUUCAUAUUCUACUCAGGAGACUCCUUUUUUAUUUCUUUUUUUUUUUUUUACUGCGGAUUACUAGUGACAUUUACAGAUAUUUAGUUAAAUCAAUACAGUGUAGUAGGCUGUGUUACAGAUAAUCAAUAAUCAUGUUUUCCAAAUAUGUCUGCCACUUUAGUGUCAGUCUUUCUCUUUGAAGGUGAAGGGACAGUACCUGUUAGUAAACUUCGCACUACGUAGUGGUAGGGCAUACAACAAUGUAGAGAGAAUAUCCUUGCAGAACUUCCACACUCAGGUGUUGGUCACUUGCCAAGUGACUCUUAGGUGAGUGUGUGUGUGUGUGUACAUCAUUCUUUUACAUAUACACGGGGCAGGGUCAUGCCUGUACACAUGAACUCUACAUUAACUUAAUAAAACAUGUAAUGUAGUACAUUAAAGGACCACUAUAGUGCCAGGAAAACAAACUUGUUUUCCCGGCACUAUAGUGCCCUGAGGGUGCCCCCACCAUAAUCCAAUCCCUACCCACGGUUUGACCAGUAAUCCAGAACCGUUAAGUCAAAAGGGCACAUUUAGUGGACCCAAUCUAUAUGGAUGUAAACAUCUGUGGUCAUGGAAAAACCAUAGCUCAGCCGUUAAUAUAUAUCCUGAACUAAUUUAGAUUCAUGCUAAGUAUGGCAUUGAGGCACCCAUUGCUUCACUGGAACAGGGCUUUUAAAUUAUCAUGUUCGGCAUGCCCUAGAAGCCAACACCGGAGCCAUCUCUGUCUGCGUCUAGUUGACUAUUGAUAGCUCUUUUUUUUUUUUUUUUGCCCAAAUAAUUCCAAUUCAAUGGAAUAAUCCUGCAAUAAAAGCAAGUGAUCUGUGUGUUUUCUUGGAUGUAUUUCUGCUCAAACGAAACAUAUAUUUGUAAGAAAGCCCUGUCUAUAGAUUAGGAAGAAGCCAUUAUUCUGCCAGAACGCUGUACAAACGGCUGCAUUAUCACAGCAGUGCCCCCAACCAUAAAGAGUGACUACGUUUUAUUACAGUUCUUUUCCAGAAAAUAUUUACCGCCAUGCUUGAUGCGAGGGCUCCAAAAAGGAUGCUUGCUUUUUCAGUCUGCUGCGCUAAAAGCAAUUUUAUUUUACAUUUGUCAAUAAAAGCAUCCAAUUCAUGACAAUUGUAAUUUUGAACUGUAUCUCGAUAUAACAAUAUUAUGGUAGCUACGUCUGUUUCGGAGAUUAGACUUUUAUUCUGUUUUCUGUGUUUAAUGGCUACAUUCUGGGCAUUAUUAUCCCAGUAAAGGAUGUGUGUACAGGAAUGCCAGUAGUAAAAAUGACUGAGGCUGACUUGCUCAUUGAUAUAUAUGUACAUUAAUGCCAGCAGAGGCUUGGAAGAUUGCCAUUGACAGUCUGGGAAGUGAAAACGAAUGCCGCUGUUGUAGCUUCAAACAUAAGUCAUGCACAUAAGAUGGUAUUUAUCUCACCGAAGAUGCUGAUGCUUCUAUAGUUGUUGUGCAUUAAUAGUGAGGUGUUUAUUUGCAGGGUAAUAAACUUGUACAAAUUCAUUGCCUUGUUUUUUGUUUUUGCUUCUGUAGGAAACCGUAGAAAAAUUAGUUCAAGCAGACAUGUCUGAAAAGGCUUUGGUAAGAGGAGUUUUUUUAUUUUUUAUUUUUUUUUUCAGUGUUUUUAUAACUUGCUCAAUUCAAAACAAAGAACAAUAUAUGUGAUGUUUUUUAACUUUUUUUUUUGUUUGUUUUUUAAAUCAUGUUUUGUUUCCUUAGAAAAACUCUGUACCAACCGAAAUUCCAACCAAUAACAUAAUUGUGGAUGAAGAAUUUAUUCCAUUUAAGGAUGGAACGUUUGAUCUUGUUGUAAGCAGUUUAAGGUAUGCUGAGUGGGCUUUAAAUAUAUUACAUUAGAUGCUUAUGUCAGCCAGCAAUGCUCCUACAAUGCCAUACAGUCUGAAGUAUCACCUGAAACCAACAGUCCAUGGAAAUACCAGGCACUGAAGAGAAAACUAGCUAAUUGUAGGCGGUAACCCCUGGUUCUAAAAAUCUAAAGGGACACUGUAGGCACUGUAAUUUGUUUAUUUAAUUGAAGUUGUUCUAGUGUCUGAAUGCCCCUGGUGCUGUGCUUCCAUUCAGUUUUAAACAGUUUUUAAUAUUUUAAUGCUAAACAACAGUCCCAGUCCCCCUCAGUGCUGCUUGGGCUAAUGAGGAAACUGUGGUUGGCUGAGAGUGUCUGCUGACCUCAGCCUAUCACAGUGCCCAUCGCAGGUAUGAAUGGUUAUUGUUACAAGGAAGUGUGUAAUCUUAUCUUUUAAUAUAUUGUAUGGCUGUACUUGGGGAACAACAAAGUGAACACUCAUCAUUCUGUUAUAUCAAAUAAGAGGUGGACUUUUGAGCUAAUUAUAUGCAUUACCUUUUUGUAAUACUUAUUGAAAACAAUUUGAGAAAAAACUGCACAUAUGUUUUUAAGCACCAUAAUCAAUCCAUUACGAUUUUCUGGUUGUGGUACUUGGAGAGUCUCUUUAGGAAACAAUUGUAUGUUUGAAAGUGUGGCGUCUGGUAAUCUUAGCUGCUGAAAUUUCUUCACCUAACCAUCAUUUCUUGAGGUUUGUGUGGAUAAUGUUUCUGCUAUCUGCAAAGGAUCGAGAGAUCCAGGAAUUACUUGAUCGUAAUAUUUGCAAAUAGAAGAAUGAUAAUUUCUAGAUGGGAUUUUGUGACGUGAAUAUUUUUUAUUUACUUGCAGUUUGCACUGGGUAAAUGAUCUACCUCGGACAUUUCACGAGGUAAGAAUACAACUGGAGACUGCAAGGUAUUAUGGAUAAAUCUGCAAACUGCAUAAUCUGUGCUGUGACUGGGUAAUAGGGAUUAUAGGCUAUUCCCACUACUACAUCACACUGUGCGUGUUUUGUUAUCAUUCCCCCAUUUUACCCUCUACUUACCUCUUCAUAUCUCUGGCAUGCUGUGCCUGGACUUACCUCUGCCCUAUCCAUGUGAUUGGCUCUUCCACUUUCAUCGACUCUGCCCCUAUAUCUGUCAUUGCAUUGGGCCUUCAUUCUAUCCCUUUAUAUAUCACUUUGUUUGUCCAUCGUUAAUCCCCUUUUCUUAUCUAUUCAUGUAUCUUCGGUCUUGCCCAUUCACUUACCUCUUCAUGUCCUCUGCAUCAUGCUCCUGGACUUCUGUUUCUCCCCUGUACUUACCUCCUGUGUUCUCCCCUGUUCUUACCUCCUGUGUUCUCCCCGUACUUACCUCCUGUGUUCUCCCCUGUACUUACCUCCUGCAUUCUCCCCUGUACUUACCUCAUGUGUUCUCCCCUGUACUUACCUCCUGUGUUCUCCCCUGUACUUACCUCCUGUGUUCUCCCCUGUACUUACCUCCUGUGUUCUCCCCUGUACUUACCUCCUGUUUUUUCUCCUGUACUUACCUCCUCUAUUCUCCCUUGUACUUACCUCACCUGAUCUCUCCUCCGUUCCGCCCCUGUACCUAGCUCUUCAUCUGCCUUCCCUCUCAUUCUGUCGUCUUCCACAUCUCCUUAUCCUUCCUUCUCCCUCAUCAUUCUAGCAACUUAAUUCUUCCUCUUUGUGUAUCUUUUAGUGUUCCUUUCCAUCAUGCUCAAUUUUUUUUUUUUUUGCCAGUUUAUCUUUUUAUCCCUCAUUUGCCAGAUAGACACAAAUAUAAGAAAAAAAAAUAAAAAAAUCACAACUCUCCUCUAACUUGAAAUGGAUGGGUAAAAGCUCAUUAUUAGUUUUGUACUAUACUACAAACUCCAUUAGACAAAAACGUAAACAAACCUUUAAAUAGGAGUAUAGCGUGUGCAUUUCCAAUGCGGCCAGCAGGUGGUGGUACAGAACCAUAAUAUCAAAAUGCAGCAAGCUUUCAAAAAAACCCAGUUAUGUUUUAUAUUCCUGGUUGUCCUGUAGACCACGGAUAGCUAAAUAGCAGGUCCCCCAGCUAGAACUACAAAUCCCAUGAUGUUUUGCCAUUCUUAGACUGUACCGCCUGGGAUCUACCUUUUGGACACCUGUUCUCUAGAGCUUUAUCUGGAUUUCAUGUGCAUGAAUGUCCAAAAAUGAUUGGGCAGCCAUGUGUGCGAUUAUGUUUGGUCCUCUGGGGACCAAAGACUGUAUGUAUAAAAAUAACUUUUCUAAUAUGCUUGCAGUCUGUGGACGUGUGGUUUGAAGGUGACAGAUUGCACUUUGUGCCAGAGCAAAGAGGAAAAACCACAAAACUUGUCCCUGUCCUAAUACUUAUGAACGGCACUGUACAUGCAUUGCAGUUUAUGUGUAGCGUUAUCAGAUAACUUGUGUUUAGCUCUAAGAAUGUGCUUUAAAACAAUAAAAAAUGUUGUUUUAAUUAACUCUUAAAGGGUUACUCACCAAAGUGAGAAUUGUCAGGAAUUUGAAGUGAAUUCAAACAGAAUUUCGAAUCUAAACUCAAAAUAGCCAAACUGUGAGUCUAGCUUACUUGGAGAAUUUUUCCAGUUCGAUUUGUUAAGUUCUUGAAUUUGAAAUUAAUUUAGAGUUUUCUUUCAACUGCGGCCAAUUCUCACUUUUGUGAAGAAACCUGUGCCCCAUCGCCCUGUCUUCACCACGGUGCUCUUGUCUUUCCAGAUACAUCGUGUCCUAAAGGAAGAUGGCGUAUUUAUUGGUGCCAUGUUUGGGGGCGAGACACUGUAUGAGCUCCGCUGCUCGUUGCAACUGGCAGAAAUUGAGAGAGAGGGAGGAUUUUCACCUCAUGUCUCUCCAUUCACAGCCGUCACCGACUUGGGAAAUCUUUUGGGAUCAUCUGGCUUUAACAUGCUGACCGUGGUAACUACCCCUGUUUGUUUGUUUGGUUUUUUGAUAGCGCUAAUAUUCAGCUGUCGUUGAGCAUUUAUGGUUCCAAAGAGAUCCUCAUUCUCAAUGAUAAAGAAAGAAAUCAUUAUAUUCUCUACUUUACAAAUUGUGUGAUGCUGAUAUUUGGAUGAUAAUUUUUUUUUUUUUUAGGACACUGAUGAAAUCCAAGUUCACUAUCCUGGAAUGUUUGAAGUCAUGCUAGAUUUGCAAGGUAAGUACAUUACUGACACAUUGUUUAUAUGAUUAGCACUUGCCUUUCUGGGUUACCAUGGAAACUUUGUAGCUCACACAAAAGAAUUACUCAUUCAUGUUAGUACUGCAGGGAAUAUAGUAGUUGGCUGAUGUGCAUAUGUAUGAGUAAACAGGACAGAUAUAGGUUUAAUCCUGAAUUAUAACCGUCCAUGUUCCAACACAGAAUGACAGUCUGUAAUAUGUAACAAUUAAAGGGAAUAGAAAGAGCCUGUCCCUAUUUUAGAAACACUGUGUUUUCUCUUAAUAGGCAGUGUUUACAGUGAGCUGUAAGAAACCUUCUGGCGGCUGUCUCUCAGUGAGGAAGCCUCAGACCAAGUACCGCUAAUAUACUGAGAGGAACAUUUGAUGCUGUUAGCCAAUCACUAGCUCCCUAGUCAUGAAGUUGCUAUGGUAUCUGGAGUGUCCCAUUAAUGAAUUAACCCCAUGGUACUUUUGUUCUAUAUAUACUGUAUUGAAGUUUUGACACAAACUUGUAUUUAGAGGGGCAUUCAUUGGCUGAGAACACUCCGGUGCCGCUCUUAUCCAAUUAAUGAGUGGCAGGGUCAUCACCCAGCUUCUCCCAGAUGUGGUUUAGCCGCCGUUACUGGAGGCUUGGUGCCCGGCUGGACUAGCUAAGCAGGCAGAGCAUUGCAAAACCCCAUUACCGGGGAAUAGCGUCGGGGGCACUCCUAAGGUCAUAAUCACUUCAGGGGUCUGCAUUCCUGACCCUAUAAUAUUAAAAAUACCACCUAGCCCCACCCCGCUGGCUCCCCCAUUACCCUCCCUAAAUAUUGUAUAAUCUUACUUUUAUUCCAGGCUGCUGCUGCAGGCUCUGCCCCUGAUCUGCCUGCUUGGCUGACAUCAUCAGAAUUGUUGUUCUGAGCCAAUCACAAUUAUUUACAUAGGAAAGCAUUGGAUCGGCUGAGACCGUCAAGGAGGAGAUCUAUAAGGAAAGUUCAGUGUCUCCAUGCAGAGGGUGGAGACACUGAAAAUUUGUCACACUGUGCAGCACUGCCCCAGGAAGCACCUCAAGUAGCCAUCUGAGGAGUGGCCAGUGGAGUUAUCCCUAGGCUGUAAUGUAAACACUGCAUUUUCUCUGAAAAGACAGUGUUUACUGCAAAAAGCCUGAAGGUAAUGAGUCUACUCACCAAAACACAUUCCUGUCCUAAUGUGUUUUACACCCCACCUCCUAUAGAAUGUAAGCUCGAUUGAGCAGGGUCCUCUUCAACCUAUUGUUCCUGUAAGUUUAUUUGUAAUUGUCCUAUUUAUAGUUAAAUCCCCUUUCAUAAUAUUGUAAAGUGCUACGGAAUCUGUUGGCGCUAUAUAAAUGGCAAUAAUAAUAAUAAUAAUAACACCAGGUACUAUAGUGUCUCUUUAAUAUUGAUAAUUCCAGAUUGUAGUUUUUAGUUCAACCACCAGAUGGCACCUGAAUAUAUAACUAAAUAAUAUUAGAUUCCCCUCCACCCCACCGACCCACCCUAAAUAUAGUUCAGUAUUUAAUGUACGUGAUAAUGACAGUGAAAUACAUCUGCAUAAUGUGUAUAAUAAUGACAGUUAAAUGCAUACAUUUUCUAUUAUAUUCAGCUGAGCUUGUAUUUCAGGGCAAGUUAAAUGGCUUUUUUUAGACUUCGUUCAGAAAUGAACAAAUCCUCUUAUUCUGAGGUCACUAUUAUCCUUCCUGAUCUUGUUGGGUCACAGUGAGUGUUGAGAUUGUUUGAAGGUCUUGCCCACAGCAGUCACAGCAGCUUGUAUAAUUAGGUACCAUGGUAGCAGUGUCACAUUUACAUUUAAAUACAUGUGCCAUAGAUUUUAAGAGUUUUAACGGAUUUGGAAUGCAAACUAAAUAUCCUUUUGCUUUGGGUGAUUACCUUCCUUUCAUUUAAAACAAUUCUGAGUGUAUAGGUAAGAGUGUCUGGAACUUUGCUAAACUUAAAGGAAAAAAUGUUUUGGGACUGGGGUAAGUUUAAAGGAAAUAGUAACUGAUAAAUUCACUGAAAAGACUGACUAGGGAUGUGCUGUUCAAUAGAAAGGAUAUCUGGGACUGAUUUGAGCUCAAGGGAAAGAGUGCUUUGGACUGUGCUGAGUUCAAGGAAAAGGGUGUCUGCAACUUGAUCUGUGUUCAAGGGAAAUGGUGCGUUGUACUGUGCUGAGUUCACUGUAAACCAUGGGUUGGAUUGUGUUGAGUUCAAAGGAAGCCAUGUAUUGGACUGUGUUGAGUUCAAGGGACAGGGUGCGUUGGGCUGUGCUGAAUCAGGAGAUAGGGUGCGUUGGGCUGUGCUGAAUCAGGGGAUAGGGUGUUUUGGACUGUGCCGGGUUCAAGGGAUAUUGUGUUGGACUGUGCUGAGUUCAAAGGAUAGGGUGCUUUGGACUGUGCUGGGCUCAAGGGAUAAGGGUGCAUUGGACUGUCCUUAGUUUAAGGGAUAGGGUGCUUUGUACUGUGCUGAGUGAAAGGAUAAGAGUGCAUUGAACUGUGUUGAGUUCAAGGAAAAGGGUGUCUGCAACAGAUAUGUGUUCAAGGGAAAUAGUGCGUUGUACUGUGCUGAGUCCAAUGGAAACAGUUGGUUGGACUGUGCUGAGUUCAAGGGAAACCAUGGGUUGGACUGUGCUGAGUUCAAGGGAAACCAUGGGUUGGACUGUGCUGAGUUCAUGGGAAACCAUGGGUUGGGCUGUGCUGAGUUCAAUGGAAACCAUGGGUUGGGCUGUGCUGAGUUCAAUGGAAACCAUGGGUUGGACUGUGCUGAGUUCAUGGGAAACCAUGGUUUGGACUGUGCUGAGUUAAUGGGAAACCAUGGGUUGGACUGUGCUGAGUUCAUGGGAAACCAUGUGUUAGACUGUGCUGAGUUCAAUGUAAACCAUGGGUUGGACUUUGCUGAGUUCAUGGGAAACCAUGGGUUGGACUUUGCUGAGUUCAUGGGAAACCAUGGGUUGGACUGUGCUGAGUUCAAUGGAAACCAUUGGUUGGACUGUGCUGAGUUCAAGGGAAACCAUGGGUUGGACUGUGCUGAGUUCAAGGGAAACCAUGCGUUGGACUGUGCUGAGUUCAAUGGAAACCAUGGGUUGGACUGUGCUGAGUUCAAGGGAAACCAUGGGUUGGACUGUGCUGAGUUCAUGGGAAACCAUGGGUUGGACUGUGCUGAGUUCAUGGGAAACCAUGCGUUGGACUGUGCUGAGUUCAUGGGAAACCAUGGGUUGGACUGUGCUGAGUUCAAGGGAAACCAUGCGUUGGACUGUGCUGAGUUCAAGGGAAACCAUGCGUUGGACUGUGCUGAGUUCAAGGGAAACCAUGGGUUGGAUUAUGCUGAGUUCAUGGGAAACCAUGGGUUGGAUUUGCUGAGUUCAUGGGAAACCAUGGGUUGGACUGUGCUGAGUUCAUGGGAAACCAUGCGUUGGACUGUGCUGAGUUCAAGGGAAACCAUGCGUUGGACUGUGCUGAGUUCAAGGGAAACCAUGGGUUGGAUUAUGCUGAGUUCAUGGGAAACCAUGGGUUGGACUGUGCUGAGUUCAUGGGAAACCAUGGGUUGGACUGUGCUGAGUUCAUGGGAAACCAUGGGUUGGACUGUGCUGAGUUCAUGGGAAACCAUGCGUUGGACUGUGCUGAGUUCAUGGGAAACCAUGCGUUGGACUGUGCUGAGUUCAUGGGAAACCAUGGGUUGGACUGUGCUGAGUUCAUGGGAAACCAUGGGUUGGACUGUGCUGAGUUCAAUGGAAACCAUGGGUUGGAUUGUGCUGAGUUCAAGGGAUAGGGUGUGUUGGACUGUGCUGAGUUCAAGCAAUGUCUUCUGUCUCAGAUCAUUAAUUGAAAUAUAUGUAAAAAAGGAAGUGAUAACUAAAAUACUGUGUUUAUUGCACAACCAAUUCAGCCUUGUUUUUUGGUUGUCUUCUUUUUGCCAUAUUGGAGUGUAAAUGCUUUAAGCACUUGUCAGUCAUUGUUGCUCAUGUCAUUUUGCAAGGGAGAGUGUCCAAUAAUAUUACAUUUAUUUUUAUAAUUCAAUAUGAUUUUGAAAAUGCUUUAUUUUUAUAAAUAUUAAAAUGUUUGAUAUAUGGAUAAACAAACUGGAUUUUUAUUCAGUUGUAUUUUAAAUAUAGUUGUGUUGCAUUCAGCUAACAAUAGUAAAAUGAAGAUACGCUCAAGUUCCAAGACUUGUAAUUUUGCUGAAAUUCCCCAUUUUAUUACACUGUACAUUCUGCUGGCUAAUUACCAUACUGAUGUGUUAAUAAAUCACUUCCAAAAGUAUUUUAUUUACUUGAAACAAACCCAGAAGUAAUUAUUAGUCAUUAGCAGUUAAGACAAAUCAUCAGCUUCUUGUUUUUUAACUUGAACAAAUAUAUAAAUUUGUCUCCCUAGCAGGUCGCGUAAUAAAAAUGAGUGUCAUAAUAAUUGUCAGCAGGGACAGCCAUAAUUUAAAAAUGCUUUUUUGGCAUGAAUAAGCAGAGACCAUCUCUAUUGGGGAGGUGGACUAACUCCCAUCACCCUCAGCCAAGGGGGGAACUUAGACAAUAAGUCAUUGCUGGUUAACCUUUGACCAUAUAGCUUUUGGAAUAUUAGUUCUAUGACAUUUUAGCAAUGCUGGUCUAAAUAGGGGUAAUGGGAGCUCUGAUUAUACAGCUGAUGUUGAAACACACAUUGCACAGCAAUUACUUUAUUUUUGAUUAAUCUAGAUGCGAUUUCAGUGCUGGAACAGUCUCUGCUUUGCAGCUCCCUCUGCCACUGUGAGAUUAUCAAGAAUAAUUUUCUGUGGUUCUUAUAGAGAAGCAUUGAGACUUUUCCACAUGCGCACAAUGGUCACACUCUGUCAGUCCAAUGUUUCUGUGUUCAGCUGUGUGUGAUGAAUCUGAUGGCCUUUGAAAUUGAUAGUGUUAAAGUGACACUAUAGUCACCAAAACAACUUUAGCUUAUUGAAGCAGUUAUGGCAUACAGAUCAUGCUCCUGCAGUCUCAGUUAGGAGUUAAAUCAGUUUGUUUAUGCAGCCCUAAUCACACCUCCCUGCAUUACACAGCCUUCCUAAACACUUCCUGUAAAGAGAGAGCUAAUGCUUACACUUCCUUUAUUGCACAGUCUGUUAAAUUUAGAAUUUCCUAUCUCAUGCAAUGUUAAUACCUUGCUAUACCUUGCAGGCACCUCCUGUUUCUGAAUUAAGUUCAAUUUGCAGAGCAAGAUAUAAAAAUUUCUAUAGUAAGUUAACAUCUGAUUGAAAAUGAAAGCAUUUUUUCAUGCCGGCUGUGUCAGUCACAGCCAGGGGAGGUGUGGCUAGGGCUGCAUGGAUAGAAACAAAAGUGAUUUAACUCCUAAAUGGCAGAGAAUUGAGCAGUGAGACUGCAGGGACAUGAUCUAUGCACGCAAACUGUUUAAAGGGACUAUAGUGUCCCUUUAAGGAGAAUAAGCCUUUAGUGGCUGUCUGUCUGAUAGCCACUAGAAGCAUAUUUUCAGACAAAUGUAAAUAUUUCUCGGUUUACCUUUAAAUUGUUAGCAUCCUUCCUUCUCCCUUCCCACAUCUCACUCAUCCACUUUACUUGCUGCAUCAUCUUACAUUUAAAGGAGCAGUCUAAUACAAAAUUUGAGGUACUCAAUAUUUAGACUAAAUGUCCCUCUCUGUAAAACUAAAAUUAAUUAUUUCAACUUACCUUCUUUCUCUUGCCUUGCUGGUCCCUCCGUGGACGCUGCUCUCCUCAAGCUGAGAUCAUCAUUACUUAUGAUUCCAUAGAGAAGCAUUGUGGAGCCUACAGUGCAUCUAUGGCAAUGGCCGCACUGUGCCAAUCAGCAUCUCCUCUUCCCAGGGCAUCUCUAUGGGGAGUGUCCUGCGUCUUCAUACACAGUGUAACAACUGUUACAACUACCUGUUUGUCAGUGCACCUAUUAUACAGCGCCGUGGAUGAUGUUGGCACUUUAUACAUAAUAAUUUCUAGUUAAUUAUUUUUGUUGGGUCUGUUCACUAAACUGUGAAUUGUGGUUCAUUGAAAGAAAGUUUUCAAAUACUAAGUUGGAAAAUUAGUUAAAUUGGAAUUUGUUUUUUUUGAAUAUUUCUAGGUAUGGGGGAGAGCAGCUGCUCGUGGAAUAGAAGAUCUUUGCUUCACCGAGAUUCAAUGAUAGCUGCUGCAGCUAUUUAUCAAGGUAAGGAUUUUCUACUUGGCGUCUGUUUGCAAGCUCUGAAAUGGAAAAGCUUCCAUAGAACAGAACCUGGAUUUGCAGUCACAAGCCGUCUGACUGUGCCCAGGGUAUUGGCAGGUUUUAUAGCAUUAGAACACAGAGAGACAAAUCUGUACGCAGGAGACUCACUAGAUAGUAUAUAAAAGAACAAAGGAAAUAUCUGCUGUGCGGCUGAAAGAACAUUUUUGUCAAUAUGCCUGAAAGGGACAUUCCAAGAGAUGAACAUUUUAUGUAAAAUGAGAUUAUGCAUAAAACAUGUGAAAAUGUAUAAACAUACAAAAAAAUAUAUAUUUUUCUUUGAAUUUACAUGGCUUGCUUCAGACCCCUGGUGAGUUUGCAGUAACAUCUCCCAAGACCAGGAAGUGGCUUAAACAUCUCAGUCAAUCCGGAUUGUCUAGUUUUUAGUAUUGUCCUCUCUUCCCACCCCACCCACCCACCCCCUUUUCUCUUCUCAGGAAGCUGUCUCUGCUUAAUAAAUAGCUCAUUAAGGGAUUUAGGGGCCUGAGUGAGUUGGCAGCAAAUUGUAGUCCAUAAAGGGUUAAUGCAUUAUUUUUACAUGUAAGUGUUAAGCUGUAUCAGUGUGCUGGUUUAGAUAAAGUCCCCGUACACCAGCGUUUACCAAUUGGUGUUCCGCGUAAAACAAAAUUGUGGUACCGCUGUUAUUUGCCCAUCGGGUGGCCAUUGCUGAAAAGGGACUCGGUCAGCACCGCGGCCGAUUAAUUGCGCGACCGUGUCCCCGUAGUAUGGGAUGUUGGAGGAAGUGACCCAGCAUCCCAUACUAUGGUAUGGGUAUCCCUUUCUAAUAUAUCUGAAGAGAAAGUUCACCUUCCAUUUGUCCCUGUUAGGGAAAUAAAAAAGUCAGAGAGUGUGGGCUUAUGUUCUCAGUUGGUGAAUUCUGUCUAAACAUUGGUGGAAUUACAGUCACUAAUCUGAAGAGAGGGCUGCAGGUGCUUGGCGUCUCAGGUAAGUGUCAGAAAACAGUUUGAGUACUUACUGUGGGAUGGCGCCUGGAGACUCCUACAGCAGACUGUACCAGGACUGUCCCUUUAAUUACUAUGUUCAGUAAGUCUGCCUUGUAUUGACUUGUCAUCAAAUUUAACUUUCUUUAAGGGUUUAUUACAUUUAAUGAUUUUUUAAUAAUGCGUAUUGAUUUAUUUUUUUAGAACAUUUUACUUUAUCUGGCUGAGCAGCCGUGUUGGGUCAGACUUUGCUAUUGUGUGCCCAACUGCUGUUCAGCCUAACUUUCCUGCUGCAACAGUUUCACACAGAGCAGUCACUGCAUUACUCUGUGCAUUUCAUUCCAGCAGUUCAUUCCAGACACUGUGUGUCUGCCUGCUCUCCCCCCUGUUUGUUCCCGAACUGUUCCCUUCUAGCUCGGUCAGCCUGGGUACAAUCUGUGUGUGCAUGCCCUCGGUGUGGGAGUGUGUAAUCCGAGUACUUUCUGUGUCUAUGCCAUGCUAUUAUCCUUCCUCUAACUGGAAAUUGGUGGCCUUUACUUGCUGAGGGAGGGAAGUGAUCACAGAAGAAAAGAAAAUCAUUGAGUUGCAAAGUUCCAUUAAAUGUAAUUUAAAAAUUAAAAUGUGAGAUGUGAAAACAGUUGUUCUUUAAAGGCACCUAGAUCACUUUUUCUUAAAGGAGCACUAAACCUGUAUUCCUGACUCUAUAGGGUUAAAACCACCAUCUAGCCACCCUGGUCCCCUUAUGCCUCCAUAAAUAUAGCAAAAUCUUACUGUAUUCAAGUCUGGAGCUGCAGGCUCUGUUCCUGUUUCCUUUAGACAUGCCCACCACUGCCUGCUGACAUCAUCAGAAGUGGUAGCCUGAUCUAAUCACAGUGCUUCUCCAUAGGAUUGGCUGAGACUGACAAAGAGGCAGAUCGGGUCAGAGCCAGCAUGAUUCAAACACAGCCCUGGCCAAUCAGCAUCUCCUCAUAGAAAUGAAUUGAAUCAAUGAAUCUCUAUGAGGAAAGUUCAGUGUCUGCAUGCAGAGGGAGGAGACACUGAAUGUUUAGAUGCAUUUUAGACAGUGUUUACAGCAAAAAGCCUGAAGGUAAUGAUUCUACUCACCAGAACAAAUUCAAUAAGCUGUAGUUGUUCUGGUGACAAUCGUGUUCCUUUAAUGAAGUUGUAUGGGUGCAAUAUCCCUCCAGUUUCUAACUCUGCAAGUGAAAACAUUACUGUUCUGCAAGAAAGGCAAUAUUUUCAUUGCAGUGUUUAAAUACUUCUACCUCUAGUGGUUGACACUCAGACAGCCACAUGAGGCGCUUCUGCAAAACAUGGGACAUUAUUAUUAUUAUUAUUAUUAUUAUUUAUAUAGCACCAGCAAAUUCCGUAGCGCUGUACAAUGAGACCAUCUGAUUGGUGCAACGCGGCAUUUUUUUAAAAUGCAUUCACACUUUCCUAUAGGAAAACAUUGGAUUGGCUGAGAUAGUCAAGUUUGCCGAUCUCAGCCAUGGGUGCAGGGCCGGCCGCAGACAGAGAAGCGCAGUGUGGGAUAAAAGGUGAAUCAACAACUUUUUAACCCUUGCUGUGGAUUGGACCAGUCACCUAAACAGUGACUAGAAAACUAUAGCUUUAGGAAUACACAGUUUGGAAUACACCAGUGUUUCCAAUGUUUCCCUUUAAAGGGAUUCUAUAGUGUAAGGAAUACAAAUCCUCCCCCCCCCCCCUCCUGCAGCUCUCCCUCAGCGCUAGGUUGGCGCUUCAAACUCCUCCGACAUCAUCUGAUGCUAAAGCGCAUGCAUGGCAAGCGCUGCCAGCACACUAGGCCCUCUGCUUUCCUAUGGGGAUUUUAGUGACGCUGGAUGUCCUCAUGCAGAGCGUACGGCAGUCUAGCCUCAGUUAGGCAACCAAAAGUCUCCUAGCAAGCAGGAAGUGCCUCUUGUGACUGUCUAACAGCUAAAUGAGGCAGUCUUAGUUCUGCAAUUUAAUUAUUGCAGUUUCUCUAAUAAUUUACAUUGCAGGACUAAAGGGGGACAGGGACAUUGCACCCAGACCACUUCAAUGAGCUGUGUCCCAUAGUGUCCCUUUCAGCUUUAAUCAACUCUUUCAGUCUAGGCGUAUGUCUGUUUGGCACACCUCUGGUAGUCAAAAGGCUUCAAAAACUAUAGGUUAGCUAGUAUCUUAAGGGAUGAAAAUGGUCAAUUCCUGACAUUCCUAACAAUUGGCACUGCCACUACAAUGGAUAAUAGAGGAGAUUUCUAAAUGCAUUGCUAAUAGAAACGUGUGGCAAGGUUCCAAAGUGGAGCAAUCACCAUGGAAACCAAUAGUAUCCUCUCCUUUUUCCUCCAUUGGUUUUCGUCGAUAGUGCUCUCAAUUUAGAAGGUGCCCGAUUUAUCUGUUAGCACCAUUUUAUUUCAAAUAUGCCCCCUCUCUUGUUUCUAGUUAGCUACAAUCGGCAAGAUGAGCCAUAGCUUAUCUUCAGAAUUCUAAUUUCAAACUGAAUUCUAGAAAACAAUGGUCAUAUACACCCAGCAGAUGUUCGCCCAGUGUACCAUUCCAGUCUUGUCUCAAAAGUUCUCAACUGUUUUCCCAUUUUGUAGAAAUGUAUGGCGAGAAGGAUGGGACUGUCCCAGCAACAUUUGAGAUCUAUUAUAUGAUUGGAUGGAAACCACAUGCAUCACAGGUAAUUACUGGAGAUACCGUCACUUCUCAGAAUACACAUUUGAUUGCUGGCUUUUUAACAGCUUCGACCAAAAAUCAUAGUUCAGUUGAAACAUCAGAAAAACUGUUACGUUCAUGUAUGCUUACCAGAGUGUCAAUGAAGUCAUUUUGAAUGAACACUAAAAAAUAUGCCACAUUUGCGAUUUUUUUAAUUCUGGUAUGGACGGGUGUAUUUUAAGGAGAAGGUCAUGUAAAAUUACAUAAUUACAUUUUAAGAUGUUGUGGUUUAUGUUAAUAGUUGUUAGUGUAAAACAUGUCAACAUUUUUAUUCCCUCUAAUCUUUGUUGGUCUCAUCACUAAAUAAAUAUAUAUAUAUAUGUUACCAGACCACCACCCCCAGCCUUCGUUCUGUAGGGCAAUUGAUCAAAAACCCUAGAAACUUUAAAUUAAAGGAUGAGGACAUUAAAAUACUGCAUAAUGGCAUAUGUUAAUGUAUGCAGAAAAGGAAUAGAUUCAUUAGAAUACUCCCCGUAGAAUUUUUUAUAUAUGCAAAACAAAUCAAAAGUUAAAGGGAAGCGACGGUAGCCCUUUAGUUUAUCAAAGCAGUAAGAUGAGAUUUAAAUUAGUUUUUUCUUUGCAGAAUGGAAGAAAUCAGUAUUUAAAUAUGGGAAUAAAAAAACAGAUGUGCAGUUAUGAUAUGAUACAUAAAUUCCUCUAGAAAUUAAAUGUUUCUGAUUUAAAGAGACCGUGAACAUAAAACAAAACAUAUUAAUAAGAUUUUGUCCAUUUUAAAUUUUUUUUUUAAUUUAACCCGUCUAUUGCAUCCCCUAUUAUAUAAAUCAUAUGCUACAAUAUUGAAGAACUUUUUUUCAAAGAAUCAUUGGAUGAACGAAAUGUUGGUGGCUUCCAACUAGCUGCUCACCACAGACAAUAUCAGCAACAUUUUAACUCGUAGAGCAAUAUUCACUAAAGGGGGAUUUGUCGGGAUUCAAAGUGAAUUUCAGGUUUUAGGGCUAAAUAACAAAUUGAAAACAAAGUGGAUUUUUAACAAUCAGGUUAUUGUUGACUAAAAUUUGAAAUAAAUUUUCAGUAAGUUUUAAUUGUUUUUUAAAAUUCUUUAUUUUGGUCAACAUUUUCAAAAACAUUGACAAAAAGUAUUUGACAAAAACAUUGAAUACGUUUGCUAAACUUUAGCUUCAAGGUAACAGUAUUUGACAAAAACAUUGAGUACGUUUGCAUAACAUUUGCAGCAAUAAAACAGUAUUAACAGAUACCAUAACAUAGUUUAGGGGGAUAUAAACACAGGGUACAGUCCCAUCAGGAAUUAGGAAUUGUUCCUACAUUCGUAUUGUUGGUGAGUGACAACACUUGUCUGUAUCUCAGCAGUCCUCUUUUGGUUCAGUAAAUUUUAAACUCGUGACAAUUGGCUUUUUAGAUUCAGAGAAUCACCUUGUGAAUACUGAACAAUGAUGCUCCAGCUCUGGCAUUUCCAGGCGGUGUGAGAAAUGUUCAAUACUGAUGCAGAAGCACUGUCUUCUUUACGAAUUCCCCAGAGUGAAGGGGGAGUAGGCUUACAAUUUCACAGAAUCUUCAUGAUUUGUUCCUAACUGAUUGAUAAUGAUAAAAACCAGAAGCACUGUGCCCUUAGAUCGCACCAUAACAACAACAAUAAACUGAAGGUGUUAUGGCAUUUGCAUCAAAUGUAUUUAUUUUAUUGUCCUCCUCCCCUUUUUAUGGGGAAUUAUUGUAAAACGUGUGUGUGUGUGUGUGCGCGCCGGAGCUCCAGUACUCCAUCUGAGUAUCUCCGUCAAAAUUCUCUCUCACUGGUAAAGAAAGCUCUAAAGUCAUUAUAUUCCUUUACUCAAACACCAGGCGACACUAAGUGGAAAGGAGUCCUGCUGACUCCGGAGAAGUGGGCUCCCCCUGACUCGGUGCACUUUGAUUGUCCUUCGUCUUUUCGUCUCCCCUCCAAUUAGCGCUCUCCUGGGGGACUGGGGAGCUGUGCGGCAAUAAGUGUAUGUUGCACUAAGCAGCCACCUCGUACUUUUCCGAUCUAGAAUUCCAGGCGAAGACAUGGCUGCCCCUGUCCCACAGAGUAGUCACGGGGAUGGAAAUUGACCACUUCACUGCAUGGGGAUGGAUGGAUCAGGGAAGAGAGUCUGGGAGACUGAUUAUGCUCUUUUAGGGGGGAGUGUGACCAGAGCAGGCUCCAUCACAGUGUGAUGUUUCCUCUAGAUAUGGAUGCUCUUUAUUUGUUACAGGAGAGACCCAACAGAUAUAACACUAAGCGCCUUUUCAGCUCUAAAUGAGUGCAUUUGCAGUUUAGGUAUACCUCUCUACUCACUAUCAUUAAACAAGUCAAACAUUUAUCGCCCUUUAUGUUAAAUGAAUCAAAUCUUUUUCAGGCCAUAAAACAGCAUCAACCUCCAUUACUUAUAAUGCAAAGCAUGAGAUACUGAAUGAUUUAAUUUAGCUUUAGCGCAAUGCCGGAAUUUGUAAACAGGUUUUCGAAUACGCAUUUUUCUCAUUUUCUGUUUUCAGGCCAAGCCAGCAAAGAGAGGAUCUGCAUCAGCGUCAUUUGCUGAUCUGGGAAGAGUAAAUGAAAUUCUCUCGAAAAUAAAGGGAAAAGAAAAUUGAACUCCGCUGCAAUUGCUCUUUGUUCUAUAUUUUAUUUAAAAAACAAACAAAAAGUAUACUGUGUAUUUUGUAAUAAUUAGAAUAACUAAAUAUAAAACACAAGCCAAAAGAUCAUUUGUGUUUUUUGAAGCAAGGUAGAACGAAUUUGAUGCGUGCUCUCCUGUAGUGCUCAUCACUCCCAGUCAGCCAUAUGUUGGCUAUGGAUAAUAGUUAUAGUGAAUUAAAAUCUGGGGAGAUGCUAAUUGGUUACAAUGGUAAGAAAGGUUUGACAGUAAAAUAUGGUAAGG